GGGAAACUGAAGAACAUCUGUCUUGGCACCGAGCGGGGAGAUUGGUCAAGGCCUGAGUAGAUGCAUGUCACACCUUCUCCGUCAGGCUUGGUCCUUCACAAUCAGUGUGUAGAGUUUAAAAUUAGGGUUUAUUCACUUGCUACGCGGAUCAAUUUGAUGAAUUAAACAACUGACUACCACGUAUUAGAACUCGUUCAACUAUCAAUCCUUGUGGACCUGGACUCAAAAUGUCCGACAACAGUGCUACGCUAGCUUAAAAAGAAGGCCUCAUCAUGGCCAAGACUAAUGCUGACGCAACUACACCAGCGACAAUCACACCUCCCCGCAACUCUGGCUUGCCCGCUGACCUCAAGUCCACCUCACAUGCAGUUGGCUCCGCUGUAGAAGAGGCACCCCAGAGCAAACCUGAGAUCCUCGAAGAGGUCUAUAAGAUUGCGCAAGAAGAUCCGGAUGUGUUGGGUCACGUUCCAGAGAUAGUCUGGUUCCACAAGUUUGAAGGAAUAUCCACGGCAAUAAUCAGAAAGGCACUAGGAAUCGGUGACAUGGGGAGCCGCACCCUAUACAUCAUCGUGUUCAGAAAGCUUGACCCGGUCACGACGCUGAGCGGUGACGAGCUCCUCUUCGCAUGGUGGGAAGUUGUCAAAUGCCAUCGCGCCCUCUGGAAGAGGGGCAUGCAUCACCGCAAUGUUAGCCCCAGCAAUCUCAUGGGAUACCGCUUAGGUGGUCGAUUCAUCAGCGUCCUCAACGACUUCGACUUGUCGUCGAUCAAACGAUUUUUGUCCUCUAUUAAAGAUGCUCCCAAAGGCUUCGAGCGCGCAGGAACGGUACCCUUUGUGUCGUUACACCUUCUCGUGCCAGAAUCCAUUGCAGGCCAAGUCGAGCACGUGUACUAUCAUGAUGCUGAAUCGUUCAUCUGGGUCCUCACCUGGGUCUGUCUUCGGUAUGAAAAUGGCAAGCUUCUCAGGAAGAACAGACCACUCGAUGAAUGGCUGACAGUGGAUGCCAUGGGAUGCUAUAAAGAAAAAAUGGGCUUUUUGGGAAGGCUGCGUAGCAUGCAUCCAACGUCAUCGCACCAAAAGAACUUCGACGUUGCAAUGCAGUGCUUGGCGGUGAUUCACAGGUAUACAGGCCCAUUCGCGUCUGUUCCAGCGGAUGAUGAAGUAGUAUUCAACACAUGGCUCCAGAACCAUGUGCCCAAGAAUGUGCUUCAAGGCAAUAUCUUGUAGGACUUUGUUCCGUUCACCUUCGGACGUUUUCUACCAUGAAUUAUAAUUGCGCUCGAA